AUGUUUUCAAAGCUUGCCUUCAUCACGGGUGCGACGGGCUUCAUCGGCUCGCAGGUCGUCACAUCGGCUCUUCGCGAAGGCUACAAUGUGCGCCUGAGCGUGCGAAAGGCUGAGCAGAUUGAGAGCCUCAAGGACAUUUUCCGCGACAAUGUCUCAAAGAUUGAGUUUGUCGUGGUGCCAGACAUCUCCAAGCCUCAGGCAUUCGACGACUCUCUGGACAAUGUCGAGGUCGUCUUCCACAUUGCAUCGCCCAUGCCCGGAAAGGGAGCCGACCUGCACAAGGACUACCUCGGCCCAGCUGUGCGGGGAACGCUCUCGGUGCUGGAGUCUGCCAGAAAGAUCCCCAGCAUCAAGAAGGUGGUCAUCAUGGCAUCGAUCCUGAGCAUUGGCCCCCCCGACCUCUUUUUCAACACGGACACUUUUGUCCCAGCAAACACGGGCAAAAGGCACGAGCUCAACAUUGAGCAAAUGUUCCCUGACGGCAAGGGCGAACACGGCACAAUGUACGUGGCCUCCAAGAUUCUGGCCCACCAGGCGUCGCAGGACUGGGUCAAGGAGCACAAGCCGGCCUUUAAGCUGGCCACGGUCCACCCGACCUUUGUGCUUGGCCACAGCCAGAUCCGCAAGACGGCCGGCGAUAUCGACGGCAUCAAUGCCUGGUUCUGGAAGUCGCUGCAGUCUCCGGCACCCCUCUUCCCGUCUGUCGUUGUCGACGUGCGCGAUGUCGCCGACCUGACCGUCAAGGCCGCCCAGCCGGACGUUCCAGACGGUAUCGAGCUGGUUGCCUCUGGCGCGCCAACGACAUGGAAGGACAUUGCGGCAUGGGUAAGGAGCACAUAUCCCGAGCUGAACACGCAGCUGGUGGAGGACGGGCCGGUUCCCUUUAGGGUUGACAACGACGUGCUCGGAAUGAAGUGGCGGCCAUUGUGGGAGACGCUGAGCGGGCUGAUUGACCAGCAGCUGGCGCUACAGAAGGGCAACUAA